AUGUGCUUGUUCUUUUUCUUUCAGGAAUCUGAAGUUUCUGCUGUUAAGUAUAUCUCCAUUGAGGAGUAUAAGCAGGCCCUUGCUAAAGAAGAUCUUAGGUAUGUUCCGUACAGUCUAGAGGGGCAAUAUGGUCAACUUUUUGACAUAAUUAUGAAAAGGUACCAUUGCAAUGUGGAAGCACCGAGUUUGGAUUUUCAAAAGAAGCUCAAUCGUUAUGCUCCUAUCUCACUUACUUCAGAGUUGACCGGUUUGACCAAGGAUGAAAAGGAAGCAUUAGUGUUACUCAUUCAUGCUGCAAGAAUGAUGAAUGAUAUUUUCCACCAACAGGUUUUGUUUAACAAUCCAUCUCUAAGAGAAUGGUUAAAGGGGAAUGCUCAUAAGUCUCAUUUUGAAAAAUUGAAAUGGAGUUAUUAUUCAAUAAACAAAAGCCCAUGGUCUUGCCUUGAUGAAAAUGAAGCAUUUUUGACGACUGUAGACUCUGCAAUCAAAUUACUUUCAGAAUCAACAAAGUCGAUUUUAGGUUGGAAUGGAAUUGAAUACAAGGCUGCCUUUCCCAUGAAGAAACCAUAUGGUUCUAAUUUCUAA